AUGACUGACUUCACCGAGGCAAAUCGCAAAUACUUCGACCAAAUGGCGACCGACUACAAAGAUCGGUUUGCCAAUGCGAUGAAGACGCUGUCCGAUCAGACAUUGAAGCACCGGCUCUGGCUGAGUGAUCGAUGGACAGAUACUGAGGCUGGCCAAGACAACGGAGUUAAAAUGCUUGAAUACGCCUGUGGACCAGGUGUGAUCUCAAUGACGCUUGCUCCAUACCUGUCAAAGGUCGUUGGCAUCGACGUCUCCGAUAACAUGAUUGACGAAUUCAAUCGCAAUGCCAAAUUGAUUGAUAUAGCCGAUAAGAUGGUUGGAUAUAAAGCGGAUCUACUAAACGAUUCCGUUCCUGCCGAGUUUUCGGGUCCUGACUUUAAAGAGUUCGACAUGGUGGCAGUCAGCAUGGCCUUGCACCAUUUUGAAUACCCGCAGAUGGCCCUUCAGCGACUCGGAAGCCGACUGAAGAAGGAUGGUGUGUGUAUGAUCAUUGAUAUAUUGUCUCGCUCCGGACAGGAUCAUGGCCACGGCGAUGGCCACGGCGAGGGAAAGCAUGGUCAUAACUUCGGCGAUGCCGCCCACACGGUCAAGACUCACGGAUUCUCCCGAGACGAUAUGCAGAAACUGUUUGAAGGAGCUGGGCUAGGUCGUGGAUUCAAGUAUGAGGUGAUUCCUGAGGAGUUGGUUUUCAAUAAGGGCGAGAAGACGCACAACGUAACCGUGUUCAUUGCUCGUGCUCAGCGCUCUUGA